GGCGCCGCCCAGCAUCGCGUCCCUGCUCACGGCCGCCGUCAUCGACAACAUCCGCCUCUGCUUCCACCGCCUCUCGUCGGCCGUGAAGCUCAAGUUGCUGCUCGGCACACUGCACCUCCCGCGCCGCACGGUGGACGAGUUUUAGGUGGACACAGUACUGUAUUUGACGUUUAUGUGGUGCUGAAAACCGAACCCAGGACCUCACAUGAGCCACCUCCCAGCCCCACAGUAAACUUUUUCAUUGUUGUGACUAAAGACCUGACAAGAACAACAUAGAGGAGGAAACGUCUGUUGGGGUUCAUGGUUUCAGAGAUUCAGUCCAGACUCCAUCAUUCUGGACCUGAGGUGAGGCAGAACCUCAUGGCUCAGAACUUCAAAGGAUGUGGAGAGGAGAGCCACUCAGGACAUGGCACCCUGAAGCAGCAAGAGAGGUCUGCUCACCAGAGACUAGAUAUGAAGGAAGCCUUGAUGGAGAUCAUCCAGCUCGCCACCUUGGACUCCGACCCCUGGGUCCUCAUGGUUGCUGACAUUCUGAAGUCCUUUCCUGACACAGGGUCCCUUAACCUUGACCUUGAGGAGCAGAACCCGAAUGUUCAAGAUAUUUUAGGAGAACUUAGAGAAAAGGUGGGCGAGUGCGAGGCGUCCGCCAUGCUGCCGCUGGAGUGCCAGUACCUGAACAAGAACGCCCUGACCACGCUCGCCGGGCCCCUCACCCCACCCGUGAAGCAUUUCCAAUUAAAGCGGAAGCCCAAGAGUGCCACGCUGCGGGCGGAGCUGCUGCAGAAGUCCACCGAGACAGCACAGCAGCUGAAGAGGAGUGCGGGGGUGCCAUUCCAUGCCAAGGGCCGGGGGCUGCUCCGCAAGAUGGACACCACAACCCCACUCAAAGGCAUCCCGAAGCAGGCACCCUUCAGAAGCCCCACCACGCCCAGUGUCUUCAGCCCUGCCGGAAACCGGACCCCCAUCCCACCUUCCAGGACCCCACUACGGAAAGAGAGGGGUGUGAAGCUCCUCGACAUUUCUGAGCUGGACAUGGUCGGUGCUGGCCGAGAGGCGAAGAGGAGAAGGAAGACCCUGGACACAGAGGUGGUGGAAAAGCCGGCCAAGGAGGAGACGGUGGUGGAGAACGCCACCCCUGACUACGCAGCCGGCCUGGUGUCCACACAGAAACUUGGGUCUCUGAACAGCGAACCUGCACUGCCCUCCACAAGUUACCUGCCCUCCACACCCAGUGUGGUCCCAGCCUCCUCCUACGUCCCCAGCUCCGAGGCUCCCCAGGCACCAUCUUCCCGGGAAACCAGUCUGCAGGCCAGCCGGCCACCUGAGGAGCCCAGCACCCCGAACCCCACACUGCCGGCACAGUUUAAGCAGAGGGCACCCAUGUACAACAGCAGCCUCAGCCCUGCUGCACCUACACCUGCACCUGCAGCACCCACAUCACCCCUGACGCCCACCACACCCCCAGCUGUUGCCCCAGCCGCUCAGACGCCCCCAGUGGCAAUGGUGGUCCCCCAGACCCAGCCCCCUGCCCAGCAACAGCCUAAGAAGUUGUCCCUCACGAGAGAGCAGAUGUUUGCCGCCCAGGAAAUGUUCAAGACAGCCAACAAGGUCACACGGCCCGAGAAAGCCCUCAUACUGGGCUUCAUGGCUGGUUCCAGAGCCCCUGCCCUUCACAGAGAACCCGUGCCAGGAGCAAGGGGACGUGAUCCAGAUCAAGCUGAGCGAGCACACAGAGGACCUGCCCAAGGCCGAUGGCCAGGGCAGCACCACCAUGCUGGUGGACACUGUGUUCGAGAUGAACUACGCCACAGGCCAGUGGACACGCUUCAAGAAGUACAAGCCCAUGACCAACGUAUCCUGAGGAUCACCUGCCUCUGCUGCUGGCCCUGGCUACGUAGGGCUCUGAGGGACAAGGGCUUGGCAGAGCAGCCAGGGGUUGAUGCUGGCAGGCUGAGGCCCUGCCUGUGCCCGGCUGCCCACAGUGCUGCGGAGCCCCCAGCUUACUCAAGUUUUAGGUCUUUUCUCCGGUGUUUGGGGCUUAUUUUUUAUAUUUUAAUAUGGGUUACUUUUUUUGUGUGAUUUAAGAUACUUUUUUGGAUCCAAUAUUACAGUUUUGAAUGUUCUAGUUAACCAAAAACGUUAUAACUUCCCAAUUUUAGUGCCUGUUAGACUUUUACCUUUUUCAUUUUUUCUUAAAUUCUACCGACUGAGUGUGAGAGCUUUUCCCUGCUAGUGCACCCUGUUCCGCAAGGUUGAGGGACCAAAGGUGGUACCUGGCGAUGCUGCAGGGUGGCGACACUGCCCAGGCAAUGCCAGAGGAGGCAGUGGGCCUCGCCUCGCCUCCCAUCAGCGUCUGCCCAGGAGUUUUGUAUGUCUUUUGUAUAGCUGUGGAUACUUAGGACAAGCCUUUGGGUCCCUAUUUUCAUUGUAAGACUUUGAGUGAUUAAAGUCCAGCUUUUCUAAAGGA